AUGGCGUUUCUUAUUGAUAUUGGUACCGGACUUGUUGGAAAACUUGUGGACUAUACGGUUCUAUCAGUUGGACGUCAAGUUGGUUAUCUGAUCUACUACAAUCGGAACGUCAAAAGCCUAGAGGGUCAACUGAAUGACUUGGUUGCUGUGAGUCAGAGUGUGGAACAAAGGGUUGUGGUUCGUCAUCAACUAAAUCGAAAAUCAACAAAAUUGGUAUCUGAUGUUGCUGAGCUCUAUGGGAAGAAAGACUUUAGCACUUAUGCCCAUGCUAUCAUCCCACAAGAUGUACCCUCCAAAGAUUACGAGGCCUUCAGCUCAAGAACUGUAGUGGUGAACCAGAUAAUGGAUGAAUUGAGAAACAGUCCUAAUGUCAACAUGAUUAGAGUAUAUGGGUUUGGUGGUGUGGGAAAGACCACACUUGUCAAAGAAGUUUCUCGUCAAGCUACAAGAGACAAGAAAUUAUUUGAUGAUGUGGCUAUGAUCCUGGACGUAAAACAAAAUCCAAGCAUCCAAAGGAUUCAACAAGAAAUUGCUGAGAAGUUAGGCCUUGACCUUCCUGAAAAUCAGACUGUUGCUGGAAGAGCACGUCUUCUAUCUAGCAGGAUAAAAGACCAAAAGACUCUGGUAAUUCUCGAUGAUGUGUGGGAUGGAAUUGAUUUGGAGGCUGUGGGACUUUCUGGUGUGACGACUUGUAAAGUAUUGUUGACAUCAAGAACACGUGAAGUAUUAUCCGGUAAGAUGCAUACACAGAAAGAGUUUGCACUUGAUCUUUUAGGGGAAGAAGAAUCUUGGAGUCUGUUCAAGAAGAAGGCAGGUGAUGUUGUUAAAGAUCCUUCCAUAAAAGCUGUAGCAACCAAAGUAGCCAAAAAAUGUGGAGGUUUGCCGGUUUUAGUUGUCAGUGUUGCAAGUGCCUUGAAAAAUAGAAGUACCUUACAUGCAUGGAAAGAUGCGUUGACACGAUUGAAAAGGUUGGACAAAGAAGAAUUCACAGAAAAGACAUACUUGGCUCUAGAGUGGAGUUAUAGUCAAUUAAAUGAUGAAGAGCUUAAGCAAUUGUUCUUGCUCUGUGGCCUUUUGGCUAAUUAUAUGAAAAAUAUUUAUAUCCUUGACCUGUUCAAAUAUGGCCUUGGUUUGGGUUUGUUUAAAAACCUCAACACACUGGGAGAAGCAUGGGAUGCAAUAAAUUCAUUGCUUGAGAAACUUAAGGAUUCUUGUCUACUGCUUGAUGAUGAAGACAUUGGAUGGCUCAAAAUGCAUGAUCUUGUGCUUGAUGUUGCUAAACGCAUCUCAUCGAGGGAACAACACGUGUUAAUAGUAAGUGGUGGAGAUGAGUUUAAAGAAUGGCCAGAUAAUGAGGAUUUCUAUAAAAAGUGCAAUAUGAUCUCCCUUGAAAUACCCAGAGUUCCCAAGCUUCCAGAAGUUUUGCAAUGCACGGAACUAAAGUUGUUUGCUCUUGGAGCAAUUGUACAUGUUGAGGGUAACUCCUUAGAAAUGCCGUGCAACUUUUUUAAAGAAACGACAAAACUUGGAGUGUUGGAUUUAAGUCGAGUGAUUAUCCCGACACUACCUCCAUCUCUUCAGUUUCUAAUAAAUCUGAAGACAUUGUGUUUUAAUGACUGCAGCUUGGGUGACAUUGCUCUAAUUGGCCAACUACAAAACUUAGAAGUACUUAGCUUUGUAGAUUUGAAGUUUAAAGAGUUGCCCAAAGAAGUAGGGCUUUUGACUCAUCUACGAUCAUUGGAUUUGACUGGUUGUACUCAGUUGGAAAUAAUUGCACCUGGUGUUAUAUCAAAUUUGAAAAGACUAGAAGAACUAUGUAUGGGGAGUAGUUUUAACCGAUGGGAGGCUGAAGGAGUCAUCAGUACUGAAGCCUCUCAGAGCUUAAGCACUUGUCUAAACUAA